CCUGUGGACGAAAAUAAACCACCCAUUGAAAAAGAGUUUUUGAUGUUAUCUCCAAACAGUGGACCAAAGCUGCAUUCGCUUUUGUGUUAAAAGUUGAGUGCGUACGUGAGUUAGCAUAGAUUGAGAGGCUUAUCGCGAUGGGAGGAGACGGUGGUGCUGAGCAGCCCGUGAUUCACUUUGUGUUUGUUCGAGGUGCCAGUCACGGUGCUUGGUGUUGGUAUAAACUCACCUCUCUUCUAGAAACCGCCGGAUUCAAAACCACCUCUGUCGACCUCACUGGCGCUGGAAUUAGCGUCACUGACUCUAAUACCGUCUUUGACUCCGACCAAUAUAACCGUCCUCUCUUCUCUCUCUUGUCUGAUCUCCCUCCAUCCCACAAAGUCAUACUCGUCGGACAUAGCAUGGGCGGAGGCAGUGUCACCGAUGCUCUAUGCAAGUUCACCGACAAAAUCUCCAUGGCCAUUUACCUCGCGGCUUCCAUGGUUCGACCCGGAUCCGUCCCUUCUCCACACGUUUCAGACAUGCACGCAGAUGCAAGAGAAGAAAAUAUAUGGGAGUACACAUAUGGUGAAGGUACAGAUAAGCCACCCACCGGAGUCAUCAUGAAACAAGAGUUUCUACGCCAAUAUUACUAUAGCCAAAGCCCUCUUGAGGAUGUAAGUUUGGCAACUAAACUGCUGCGUCCUGCUCCUAUGAGGGCAUUUCAAGAUCUUGAUAAGUCGCCUCCGAAUCCCGAGGUAGAGAAAGUCCCGCGAGUCUACAUCAAGACUGGUAAGGAUAAUCUAUUUAGCUCCGUGCGUCAAGACCUUUUGGUGAAGAAUUGGCCACCCUCUCAGUUCUAUGUCUUGGAGGAGAGUGACCAUUCUGCUUUUUUCUCUGUGCCAACCACCUUAUUCGUCUAUCUCCUCCGUGCCGUUUCUUUUCUUCACAAAUAAAACUUUAUUUAGUUUGAUCAUGCACAUAUUGAUUUCAAUGGUAUGAACGAUUUGAAGGUGGUUGAUAUGAGAUUAUGAUUUCAUCAAAUGGUUUGCCUCUUAUGUUAAUUUCAUUUGAGUUUGAAUAAGCUUUACAUGUCAAGCAAAGGGAGAUUAGAUAUCUUGGUUUCUUUGUCAAAAUAUCUAUCAUAGUAGCUAAGAUUAAGUUUCA